AUGGAUUACACAAAAAUUCCGGUCCAGGUGGAUCUUCACGAUUUGGCCGAUGGGAAUGUGGAUCAUCUCCUCGACAAAGCAUUUGGGCCUGAUUCGCUGGGGUUGAUAAUUAUCCAAGGCUUGUCUGAAGAGUUCAGCCAGCUUAGAAAGCGUGUUUUAAGUGAUGCCUCACGAUUAUCCGCCCUGCCUACGACCGAGCUAGAGAAACUGGAGUCUCCAGAAGGCCAUUUUUUGACUGGUUGGUCCAAGGGACGUGAGAACUUCAGCGAAGAUGACUUUUACGACGAUUUGAAGGGUUCCUUCUACGUCAACUGUUCGUUCCACAAAGACGCGUCCUUGGAACGGCCUACUGAAGGCGAAUGUGACAGGUUUUCCACCUUCAAAGCUUACACUACACGAAAUAUGUGGCCCAGGGAAGACUUGAUUCCGGGAUUUGAGAAGAACAUGAAACUGCUGUGCAAUUUAAUCAUCGACGUUGCUACGGUGGUGGCUGAGUCCUGCGAUAGAUACUGUUUGAAAAACGUUUCGAACUAUGAGGCGAAUUAUUUGUCUAGAAUUGUCUCUGAGUCUACCACCACCAAGGCAAGGCUAUUACACUACUAUCCCUCAUCAAACGGUACCCAAUGGUGCGGUGAACACAGGGAUCAUUCGUGUCUCACUGGAUUGACCUCAGCUAUGUUUCUGGACGAAACCAAUCCUGUUUUGGGCGAGAUCGAUAAUCCGGAUGUUCAAAGUGGCUUGUAUAUAAGAGACAGGCUUGGCGAGACCGUUCAGGUGAAAAUCCCACAAGAUUGUCUCGCUUUCCAAACUGGUUCGACUCUCGAGGAGGUAUCCAGAGGCCAAUUCAAAGCCGUCCCUCAUUACGUGACAGGUUGCACGAAACCAGGAAUAGCUAGAAACACGCUGGCCGUUUUUUGUCAGCCCAGCCUCCAUGAAAUGGUGACCCCUACAGAGAACUUUGCUGAGUAUUCAGAGAGGAUACUUGAAAGUAACGAGUAA